UGUCUCCUGUCGUGCUAGUAAAGAAAAAAAUGGAAAGAUGAGGCUGUGUGUGGACUUUCGGAAGCUCAAUCAAUGGACGAAACGUGAUAGCUACCCACUACCAAGAAUCAACGAGUUACUGGGUGCCCUCAAGAAUUCGGCCUGGUACACUACCUUGGACCUUGCGAGCAGAUUUUGGCAG